AUGGGCAACAAAAACAACAAGCCAAUCGUCCCCAAGGGCUGGGUCGCCGACGCUCCUCCUCCAUACUCAGAGGUGGUCGAUAAUCCGGCCCCGGAGAGCGCAGGCAAGGGGCCGAGAAUCAACAUGCCGUCGACUGCAAAGCCCCAAUCCGCAAACUUUGGCGCCUCUCAGCCAUAUCCGCCAUACCCACAGCAAUAUCCGCAGUAUCCACCACAGCCAUAUCCACAGCCCUACGGACAGCCGCCAUACGGACAGCCGCCCUACGCGCAGCCGGCUCCGUACCCGCAGCAGUACCCUGCUAACUACAACCAGCCGUCCAGAAGCCGGUUUGGAGGCAUGGGCGGCAUGGGCAUGCUCGGGGGCCUGGGAGCAGGCGCGCUCGGUGGCCUGCUUUUGGGCGAGAUGAUGACUCCAGACACCGUGAUCUACGAGAACAACGAUUAUGGCGGAGGCGAUUAUGGCGGCGGAGACUUUGGCGGGGACUUCUGA